GUAAUUUCUGUGCGACCGGCCUCUGCCCACAGUACGGUACGGUUUUGUGGAUACGAGCUGGAAAUAGGUGAGUUGCUGUUGAGGGCCGUGUUAUCAGAGUCUGAACAAUAAGUUAGGGAUUUGACUGACGCAGCUGAAGACCGCCAGCACGUUUCUGCUGCGGAGUCACAGUGUUUGCAUGAAAACGUCUCUGGACGCCUGUCAUUGUUAGCUUUAAAGACAGCAGGCUAAUGUUAGCCAGCGGAGCCAGGCCCUGCACACAGGUGACUACAUUGUUGUUGUCAGCAGCGCCAGUUAAACAGCUAUCACGGCAGAUAUAACUAGUGACACUCGCUUCACACAUAUUUUUAAAGACUUAAACUGAAUAGUUUCUACUUGUGUGCUGAUUGCGGUAGCAUACUAACUACUAACAAUUAGCAUUCCAGCUAGAUAACGACAGUAUAACAAUAUGACUUCCAGGAGGACAGGCUAUGCUGGUAGCAUGGAUUCCUCUCCAUCAAACAGCGGCAGCUCAGUCCACAGUGGAAACCGUAAACAGAGUAUAAUAAACGUUCCCGACAGGACUGUGGAGUCCUGUUAUGACCGGAAAGCAGACAAGAGCGCAUACGGUGCUUCGCAGGGCAGCGUGACUGUAACAUCUCUGAAAUCCCGUCUCGCCCCGACCAUUCAGACAGCCAUGUCCGCUGCAGUGGACACUCUGCUCGGUGAAGUGGUGCUUGUGCUCAAUGAGACUCAGCAGGAGUUACUGCACAAGGAGCAGGAGAAUGAAAGACUCAAAGUGCGCCUGGAAGUGUCAGAGAGGGAGUUAAAGACUCUACAGGAGUGUCUGUGCAGUGCUCAGAAGCUCAUCGAUCAGCUUCAGAUCUCAUACACGGGCCCCCAGACUGUUAGUCAGUCAGUUUUUGCUCCCUCGCUUUCUUCCAUGGCUUCAAUGACUUCAGGCCUGGACCGAGACCACCAGAACCCCAGAAGUGUAAAUGGAGCAGGGGUUGACUUGGGUCUCAGUGGCUCUGUGGACGAUACGCUUCAUGGGUUUGAGCCGAGAGACGACUACAAGAUGUGCCAGCUGUCAAUCCAACCAGACGGCUCUGUGACCAACCACGCUCUGGACUCUUUUGCAUCCAACACGUCUCACAUGUGCCCUGACUCCAGCAGACCAGAUGAGAGGCAGUCUCAGGGACCAGGUGGAGCAGCAAGAUUUGAGAUUAAGGAGGAGCAAGUACCAUCUUCAGGCUCUGUUCAGCCCAGCAGGAAGGAUCCUGGGUUGCGCAGUGAUAGCAGAGUUGGGGAUGGUGAGCGAUCAUCCCACAAUGUGGGGGACCUUGGGUACGGUCACGUUGGAGGUGAAGGAGGUUCGCAGCGUACUUUUACUCACCCACUGCGUCACCAACGACCUGUGCGUGAAUGCAGCAGUGCCUUGCAGCAGGGCGGACUUGAUGGACAGAAACCAUUGGCAAGGACUUCUGGAACAGGGAGAGGAGAAAGUGUUUCACCAGGCAGAGCAGAGGACUCUGCAGGGCCUUCAGUCCCCGAUACAGUAGGGGAACCCUCUGCAGAUCGUCCUCACCACUGCUUGGAGUGUGGGAAGACAUUCCGCCUGAUCUCCAGCCUGAAGAAGCACAUCCGCAUCCACACCGGAGAGAAGCCCUAUCCGUGCGCAGUCUGUGGCCGACGCUUCCGCGAGUCCGGGGCACUCAAAACCCACCUGCGCAUACACACAGGUGAGAAGCCGUACUCUUGCUCCGAGUGUGGAAACUGCUUCCGCCACUUGGACGGUUUACGCAAACACAGGCGCACGCACACAGGUGAGAAACCGUAUGUGUGCGCCAUCUGCGGGAAGCGUCUGAGCCGCCUGCAGCACCUCAAACACCAUCAGCUCAUCCACACCGGAGAGAGGCCGUGCUGCUGUCCCUUCUGCAACCGCAGCUUCAAAGAGCCCGCAGCGCUUCGCAAACACAUCCGCACACAUCGGGAGGAAGGCGGCCACAUGGGAAUUGGUACCAAUGACGACACGGACCCAGACGCCAUGGACGACAUUAAUAACCUCCAUCCUGCAGCUCCGUCUCCUCAGAUGAGGUUUGGAGAGUGGGGAGCGGAGGAAGAUGACAGCUCCGUUGUGGACUGUGUGUAGCAGAGUGACUGUUUGGUGUUUUUUACCAUGAAAUAUACAAAAAAAAUCAUGGAAUAAGAUGUUUGUGUCAUUUGUGUCACGAUGGAUAUGAUCUUGUUCCAGACUGUUAGUGAUGAACCAGGCUACAUAUAACCCCAGCCUCGGAGUCUAGUUCAUAUCUGACAUUUUUAAAACGGCACCAAGUUGUUGUUUUUCUUCAGGCGAUCUAUUGAGCAACAGCAGUACGCAGGUUGUUCUUGGAACACUUAGAUGCUGUUAUGCCAGCGUCCUGGCAGUAAUUGGGGGAAAUUGGGGGAAGUGGCGGGCGCAAGCUUAAAAUUGCCCUGAACACACACUCAGAAAUCCGCUGAGUCACAGAUGUUGCUGUUUGACGCUGCUCCUUGCUGGAUUUUAGUCAGGACAAAAUGUUUCUGGUCAUGGUUAGGUCAGUCUCUACAAAUACACAAAUAGAAUAGACAAAUAAGAAAUGGAUGCAUAGUUCUGGCACAUGCUUCAUAUAUGGGACGCAUUCAUCUCAACCAUCCACCAUACUGUGGGCAUUCUGGGCCUUCCCUGUGGUUUCCUCCCAGCCGGCCAUGCUGGGUACAUAGAUUGGGCAUUCUCUUUCAUACGGCUAACACAGCAAAUUAAACUUUCAAAUACUUUUCCUAAAUAUAAAUUCAUCUUUUAACAUUGGGAAACUGGGGUUUUCUAGUGAUGGUAUUCAUUUUAUAUUUUCACAGAGACAAUUUUCCCAGCUCUAUACCAAUAUUUAACCUCUGUGCUUCUUGUGAAUCUUGUUCAGACCGGCACACCAAAUAAUUCUUUUGAAAUAUCCAGAUUGACUUCAUGGUUAUCUCAGUUUGACGAGCUGGCCACUCAAAUAUGAUUUUAACUAGUCUUUUGUAUUUUUGCUGCCAAACAACAUGAGGAACAUGUAGAACGAGCAAACUACAUGCAGUGGAUAGAAAUAAAUUUAGGACAGGAAGUAUGCUUCUGACAGGCAAAGCUGGAAAAAAGUGGAAAAGCAGCAUCACCAGCAUGGCUCUGUAGUUACUCACGUCUGCAUCAUUUGCAGAAAUUGAUGCACGUUGGUUGGUGAUGCUCGGACACACAAAUCCACUCUAAUACAAUGCAAAUAAGUCUCACCUCAUGAUCUGAUUUAGAAACAAAUCUGGUUGGCCCGCAGCCUGAAUAAACCCUCGGAAACUUUCUGAUCCUCCACAGAGGUGCUGCCUAGUGUUUUUUGGAGUGACUGGAUGAACUAACAUCGUUUAAAUCAAGUUAUCUGAUUUGUUUGACUGAUGUGACGAUUUAUUCAAUCAUGGUUCCUCUCCAUGAUCAGGCCUCUGUAGCGCUCACAACAUUGUUUUCAAGUCACGUGUGUGUGUGUGUGUGUGUGUGUGUGUGUGUGUGUGUGUGUGUGUGUGUGUGUGUGUGUGUGUGUGUGUGUGUGUGUGUGUGUGUGUGUGUGUGUGUCUUCGUGAAGCCUGAGCCAGUUUGCCUCAUCAGUCGACAGCGUCCCGGCCUUGCCCUACUCUGCUCUGCCUUAUCUCUUCUUUUCUCCCCGCAGAGCCCUCAUCAGUCACACGGUUGGACCAUUAUCAAGGCAUUAUCUGAUAGCAGGAUAUCCUAGUUUGAAGAUAGCAGGGCACAUGUUUAUUUGUUCACCCUAACAUACGGAGUUUUUACGCUGGCAGUAGCGCGCGUGUGCCCAGAGAAUUUUAACACUGUUUGAUUGUUUUAUUAAAAUCGUCUCACUUCCUCGGACCAUAUCUCAGCAUUCCAUUUGUCAUUCUUCAUGCUGCUACAUUAUGUCUAGAAAGCUCCUUUCCUAGACUCUUAUUGUUACUAGCACACUAUGGUGCUCGCAUGUGCGUAUCUGUUCCUCUCAAAGCUUUUUCCGUAUAUUAGAAUGUAAUUUUAGUGUUUUUAUUUGGCUUAAUAAGGUUUAUUUUGUGUACGCGUUAAUGUGCAACUAUGACUUACUAAUGGUCUUUUAAAGUGCCAUCAAGCUAACACUGUGUAAAUAUAUAUAUAAUCUGGUGUCAUUUCUUGCACAUGCUCUGAUGCGCCACUGAUGCAUUAUGUUUAACAGCAGAGCAUUAUUCUUCUCAACUCUUUUUGAGCUAAAAUGUCUGUUGUCAUUUAAUAUGUAUAAUAAUAUAAUGACCUCCAAGUUACUAUUCUGUGUGAGUCUUUUUAAAAGACACAAAACAUGUAUGUCACUGUAUACCCAGAACAUGAUCUGCCCCAGAUAAUCAUAUUUAUUGUUUUUCUUGUUUAUUUGUAUGGCACACAGGGCGGCCUUUGCAUGUAGGUUAAAACUGACAUGGCAUUACUCCUCAAGCAGUCAGUGUUAAGUGUGAAAUGAAUUUUUUAUGCAUCUGUGUUCAAAAGAUGUCUCCCCCACAUCACAGUGAACCUUUCACCUACUGUAAAUGUUGCUAUAUUAAAGGUCCUUGUUUAUA